UGGUGACAAUGAGAACAUCCUUUAUUAUUAUCUUGUUGAUAGCAUUAGCAACCUCAAAGAGAGUUGAGAUUCUAAGCAAAGUUUAAAAAAACUAAGUUCAUGUAAAACAAUAUUUUAUAUCAUAUAAAAGAAGGAAUAAAAUGAAAAAUUAUCUUAUAAAACCUCUUUAUUGACACCAGAAGAAUAAAAAAAGGCUGAAGAAGCCAAAAAAGCUGAAGAAGCUAAAAAGGCUGAAGAGGCUAAAAAGGCAGAAGAAGCUAAAAAAGCAUAAGAAGCUAAGAAAGCAGAAGAAGCAAAAAAGGCAGAAGAAGCAAAAAAAGCAGAGGAAGCUAAAAAGCCUGAAGAGGGUAAAAAAGCUGUAGAUGCAAAAUCUAAGGAAGAAGAAUAAAAAAAAAAAGAAGAAUAAGAAAAAAAAGAAAAAAAAGAAAAAGGAGAAAAAAAUUAGAACUUUGGCAAUGGAUAAGAUGAUGAAUAAGAAAGAAAUAAAAAGGCUGAGUAUUAAGAGUGUUUAAAAGAUGAAUGUGCAUAAUAUCUUAAAGAUUGCAAUGAAGAUUGUGUAGACAAAUUGAUAGGUUGUAAAUAAAAAGCAAUCUAUGAGGGACUUGAUGCUGUAAAAAUUUUCUAAUAAUUUUAGUAUAAUCAAUGUGUUAAAAACAAUGAAAAGGCAAAUUCUUUGAUAAAAUGCAUUCAUAUUAAUUGUUAAGAAUGA